AUGGAAACUUUAAGCACAAGAACCGAGAAGAAGAUGCAGAAAAAGCUUGAAAGAGAAAACACAGAUACUCAAAAGAAGAAGAAACUGCCCAAUGUCUGGUUUUCGCUGAAGAAAUCUCUCUACUGCAAAUCUGAUCCCUCAGAAGUCCACGACCCGAGAAGAUCCAGAAAAGAGCUCCCUCCAAUAUCCACCAAGAGAACAACAACAACAACCACAACCACUUACCGGUCCGGUUGCUCAAGAUCCAUAGCCAAUCUCAAAGACGUAAUCCACGGAAGCAAACAGCAUUUGGAGAAGCCGACUUGCUCUAGCCCUCGUUCUAUCGGAAGCAGCGAGUUUCUCAAUCCCAUUACUCACGACGUCAUCCUUAGCAACUCCACCUGCGAGCUCAAGAUCACCGGCGCCGGAGACAUCGCCUCCCCCACCGGACCACCGACGAAAUUCGUCGGUACUCCGAGACCUGGCACGCCGGUGAAUUACUCCUCUUCAUACCACCGGAGCCAAGCGUCGAAAAAAGCUUCCUUGGCUGCCUCAGAGAGAAACAGGGAAGGUUUAGGGUUUAACUCAAGCCGGAGAACUUCCGAAGACAUCAAUGGCGGCGAUUACUCUGUUUCUUGCCAUAAAUGCGGCGAGAAGUUUACCAAACUCGAAGCUGCAGAAGCACAUCAUCUCACCAAACACGCCGUGACUGAGCUCAUGGAAGGCGAUUCGUCUCGGAAAAUCGUGGAGAUAAUCUGCAGAACAAGCUGCUUAAAGCCAGAGAACCAAUGCGGGAGAAUCGACCGGAUACUGAAAGUGCACAACAUGCACAAAACCCUAGCGAGGUUCGAGGAAUACAGAGAUGCGGUGAAGAUGAGAGCGAGCAAGCUACAGAAGAAACACCCGAGAUGUAUCGCCGACGGAAACGAGUUGCUCAGGUUCCACGGCACCACCGUGUCGUGCGUUCUCGGAAUAAACGGGUCGACGAGUCUGUGUUCGUCGGACAAGUGCUGCGUUUGCCGGAUAAUACGGAACGGGUUCUCGGCGAAACGGGAGAUGAACAACGGGAUCGGGGUUUUCACGGCGUCGACGAGCGGGAGGGCGUUCGAGUCGAUCGAGAUUGAUGGUUGUGAUGGGACGACGACGGAGAGGAAGGCGUUGAUCGUGUGUCGGGUGAUCGCCGGGAGGGUUCAUCGGCCGGUGGAGAGUUUAGAGGAGAUGGGUGGUUUGAAUGGGUUUGACUCUUUGGCGGGUAAAGUUGGGCUCUACACAAAUGUUGAAGAACUUUAUUUGCUCAAUUCUAGAGCUUUGCUUCCUUGUUUUGUGGUAAUCUGCAAAUCCUAA